AUGCUUCCUCUCGGCCUUCUGACGGCCGCACAGGGCCACCCCAUGCUGGUGGAGCUCAAGAACGGCGAGACGCUGAACGGCCACCUCGUUACUUGCGACAACUGGAUGAACUUGAUUCUGCGUGAAGUGGUGCAGACCAGCCCCGAGGGUGACAAGUUCUUCCGCCUGCCCGAAGUUUACAUCCGUGGUAACAAUGUGAGUUUAUAUCUACACCGCUGCGCACAAUCGUGUCGUAUCCAUAUCUCUAACCACUUCCUCCAGAUCAAAUACCUCCGCGUCCCCGAAGAGAUCAUUGAGCUCGUAAAGGAGCAGCAACAGAACCAACCACAAAACCGCGGUCACCGUGGACGAGAUGGCGAGCGUGGCCGCGGCCGCGGCGGCGGUCGUGGCGGGCGCGGCGGCCGGGGCGGUCGGGGACGUGGUGGCCACGCCGUAUGA